GGUGGUUUCAAUUGGUGUAGUACGUCACUACAAACAUCUGAUGGAUAUAAUAACUCAAGAAAUCUCUAAUACACCUCCUGUUACGUCUGCUUAUAUCACAACCUGUUUUUUGCUGACAAUAGCAGUCCAACUUAACUUGAUUUCACCCUUUCAAUUAUAUUUCAAUCCGUCGUUGAUAGCGAAUAACUUUCAGUUAUGGAGGCUUGUGACAUCGUUUUGCUUCUUCGGAUCAUUCAAUUUUAGCUUUCUUUUUAAUAUCCUAUUUGCUUAUCGAUACUGUCGUAUGUUGGAAGAAACAUGGUACAGUACGAAAACUGCUGACUUUGUUAUGAUGUUUCUGUUUUGUGGAACUCUCACUAUAAUAAUUGCUUUAUUCGUUAACAUGCUUUUUCUCAGUCAUGUCCUGACAAUGAUGCUCGUUUACGUUUGGAGUAGAAGAAAUCCAUUAGUUAGGUUGAACAUAUUUGGAAUAAUAGAAGUUAAUGCUCCAUACCUCCCCUGGGUGUUUUUUGCGUUUUCCUUUCUUCUUGGAAAUAAUAUGAUGGUUGACCUAAUUGGUAUUUUUGUUGGUCAUCUUUAUUAUUUCUUGGAAGACGUAUAUCCCAAUCAAGUAAACGGAUUUCGAAUUCUCCGAACACCUGAAUUUAUGAAAUAUUUGUUCAAUAGACGUCAAAUUAAUCGUGACUAUGAACCUCUUCCGGAAGUGGGAAGACCAGGAGGGUUUAAUUGGAAUGGUCAGGACUAAUCCCACUGUAAUAAUAAGUAGUUUUUCAUGCCUUUUUAUGCCCUUGAGUACAUAUUUUGGCAUUGUAAAGUUUCAUUUAAUUAUUUUGGCUUAUUAUUUUUACUGAAUGAUUUUGCCAGACUGUGAAUGUUUAUUAAAACUGCCUUAAACUCUUGAGAUUAUUAAACCACAUUUUUAAACGUUA